CGGCCGGCCGGAAGGAGUCGUGCUACCUCUCCAGUCAAGCUGUGUCAGCCAUAGAACAUUGAGGGGCGGGCUCUCAGGGAGUCUCCGCAUCUUGUCAUUGGUUGUAUCCGUACAGUUGUAUAACGUACGCACAAUUUUGGGCACAUUGUCUGAAAUUGCGCAAAUAAAAGAAAUGGAAGCGGACCUGAAUCUAACGCCGCUGACCGGAGCAUAGCGGACUGUGUGUCAUACGUCGUGCGGGUAAAACACGAGGUAUUUAGACUGAACAACCACAGUCGACUCAAUCCAGACGGGAAAAAAGGAUUCCUGACGGUAUUUCCCAGGAAAGACGGAAGUCAUCGGCAAGGAGGACAACCGCUUUAUCCGUGUACUGGCAAAGAAAGCGGAGAUGUAGUGUCUUUGAAAGAAGUCUGUUCAGAGAUAAUUAUUACACAGACAAUGGAGCCGAUACACCACAAAGGAAAUCGGGCGGCGAAGCACACGAGCCACGCGGAUCACUGAUCUGGCAGCUAAGAUUGAUGUCUUUCAAGAUUUAAAUGUCGGCAGACAUUUCAACAUCAGGUCUCCAGUGGGAUGUAAUUCACAUCAUCCCGGGUAGUCCCUGCAUUUCCAAGAAGAGGAUUGGGUAAAAUAAACCCUACCUUCCAGUCCAUGCAGAGAAUGGCUCAUGAGUGGGAUUCAUACUACCAUAACCUCCCACCACUAUCAUCUGAUCCAAGCACUUUGAGAAGGACAUCAGAGUCAGAAGGAAGUCUUUCGCAACACUUAGAAAAUUUCAUUGGACAUCAUGACUUCACCGACACAGCAGCUUCAAAUGAAGUCCCUGCUACAAACUCAAACUUCAACAUGAACUAUUACUCAAAUCCUAGUAUUGGAAAUCCUAGUUCAGACUGUGUUUAUCAAAAAUACUACAAGGAAACACAAUGGCAAGCUGAUGGAGAACAAAUGGACAAAGAUUACUUGCCAAGUUGUGGAAAUAGUGAUAUCUCAGACUUUGCCACAGAUGGAUUAUCGGCAUCAGGAUCUUUUCCUUCAUCAUUUGCAACAGAUUUACAAGGACUUAAGCAAGACUGUGGAAUGCUAGCUACAUCAUUUCUUGAGGACUACUCGGAUGUUAGCAGCUGCUCAGAUGCAGAUGUUGGUGAAACAAGGCCCUCUUGUAAAUUCAUGGCAAGUAAUUCAGUUCCAAAACCUAAAACUGAUGUUAGUACAAAACCCCAUUCACCCGAAAGGCUUUUCAGCCAAACUAGAAAUAUGUUGCCAACUGAGAGUCGGUGCCCUGAUAUGUCAAAGGCAAAUGUUGUUUUGCCAAGUCCAUCAAAUGUGAAAGCAGCAGAAGUCAUAGUUGAAUGUUCACAAGACAAGAUGGAAAAUCCAGAAGAAUCUGUCAAAUCUCACACAGGACACAAUCAGUCCUUUACAUCUUCUAACAUGGUGACAACUACAGGAAGUGAGACUGUAGGGGAUAGGAAUUAUAGUGAUGGCUGUCAGGAUCAGAAACAAAAGGAGGAUGUAGAGAAAGAUCUCAUGCCAGGAAAACAUUCAGACAUCUCGAUACGUUGCCAUGAAAACUUGACUGGUGAUGGAGUAGCGCAGUGCCCACAUGGCAAUGACAAGGAACAGAUCACUGUAACUGCUCCAAAUAUCAUGACUACAUUUAACAAUGAGCAAGAUCACAUAGAUGAAAAAGUCCUAAGAAAGGAAAAGAAGGAAUCAUUAAACCAGGAAAAUGAGGGAUCUGGUGGUGUCAACUCCACACCUGAUCAAAAUGAGGAGGAGCAGGAUAAAAGCAACCUCCUAAAAAGAGAAAGAAAAGAAUCAGAUUCAUUAGAAAAUGAUACUUUUGAUGAGGAGAGUAGCCCACUUCCCAACUCCACUGACAGUCAAGAUGAAAAUAUGCAAACUGACUGUGAGGGGAAAAAAAUUAAGUCAAAUACCUUUAAAUCGUCAGAUCUACCAAACAACAAGGUGUCAGAUUCAAAAUAUGCUACUCAUGAACCCAGUGAAUGCACAAGUACCUUGAAAGGCAGCAGUCAUGAUGUUGAAUCUUGUUUGCAGUUACCUAAGCAUCAGUCUCACAAAAACGUACCUCAGGACAAUAUUGGUAGGAGCCCUGCUGAGAUGAGUGAUGGUCAUUUGAGCGAUGCUAGUGACAAGAAAGAGAAAAGUGUUGCUAGUCAUGCAGAAUCCUGCUUACAGUCACACAGCUCCAGCACCGACAUAAAUCCCUGUGUAGAAAAAGGUACAGCAGAGAAGACGGACACCAGUUCUUCUCCAGAUCCGAACUGUAGUGAUUCUAUUGAUACUAGUCACAAGAAUGAGGAAAGUGUUGCUGAUCAUCCAGAAUUCAUCUUACAGACAGAUGUCUCAAGCACAGACAUGAAUCCCUCUCUUGAAAAGGAAAUGACAAGUCUACCAAAGAAAACUACAACCGCUUCUACAGAUCUCAACUGUAGAGGUCCUGAUGUCACUAGUGGCAGUGUCUGUAUUGAUACAAGUGACAAUAACAAGCAGAGUGUUUCUAGUCAUCUAGAAUCCUGCUUACAGCCAGACGGCUCAACCACAAACAUAGACUUUUGUGUAGAAAAAGAAUGGACAAGUCCAUCAGAGAAGGAAAAUACAACCUCUUCUACAGAUCCGGAAUGUAGUAGCCCUGUCGUGAUAAGUGACAGUAAUGAACAAAGUGUUUCUUAUAGUUUAGAAUCCUGCUUGCAGUCAAACAACUCGAGCAGAGACAUGAAUCCCUCUCUAAAAAAGGAAUGUCCAACAGAGAAUACAGAUGGAACAUCUUCUCCAGCUCAGCAACAGUUACUCAAUCAAACCCCACCAGGCACCCUAGAGCCACAAGGUCUUGGUGAUGUUGCAGAAAAUGCAAGGGAGUCAUUUGAAGAGUUUGAUACAUCUGUAGAGGGACAGCCUGACAAGCUGUAUGGUGAACCUCUGUCAAGAGAAGACUCUUCAUGUGACACAGAUGAAGCAAGACUUGUCACGUGUAAAUCUAAAGAAUUAUUCAUGGCCAGACGUGACAAGAACAGUGUUGAACACUCAGAAGGACAAAUACCUCAACUACAAUGUUCUACAGAAAUGAGAAACUAUCUGCAACCUGUUGUAAUAUUGAAGACCUUAGAGUCAGAAAAUGGAAUGAGUAACUCAUAUCGUUGCAGAUAUUGCCAACACAUCACACACAAUGUAAAUAGUCUAAUUGAACACCACCAUUCUUGCCGGUCAGUGCAUAAUUUUCAGUUUUGCAAGACUUGCAAUCUCUAUCUGAUGAGGAGUGAGCAAGCAGAAAAACAUGUGUGUGAUGUCACCAAAGAAAGCCUUCAGCUCCCCUCUAAUUGUAGUUUACAGAAGAAAAGAAAACGGCACGGCCGCCACAGGUGCAUCAAAUGUAAACUCAUAUUUUCAAAACUAGUUCAGUAUAUCAGACAUAUGCGAACCCACACUGGCAAAACACCUUUUAAGUGUAAUGAAUGUGGAUUAUAUUUUGCACAGGCUGGUACGUUGCACAGACACAAGCGUAUACCUGGUAGAUGCAAGCCUGAGAAACUUCUAGUUACAAAUUCUGAUGCUGCUACCGCUGGAACUAAAACACCACCACAAGAGGACUUGGUACAGAACAAACCAUAUGCAAAUCUGCCCGAAUGUUAUGUAAAGCUUGUUGACAUUUCCAAGACUAAUCUGUGUAGGUUAUGUGGUAAAAGCUUCUCAAUUGCAGAGAAGGCCAAAAAGCACUUCUACACCUGCCACAAGGGAAAGAGUUUGGCAGUUUCAUCAAGUCAGUGUGCAACAAAGCUCAGUGGUGAUGAAACUCAAAAAGCAGAGAAUGAGACGAAAGGAAAAUAUAAAUGCCCUCUUUGUCCGCGGCUUUUCAAGUAUUCCUACAACAGGGCUCGACAUUUGCGUGAUUGUGUCAAAGAUACAGUAUGUGGUGGCAAAGAAAAAGUUUCUGGUAAAUAUCGCUGUCCCUUGUGCCACGCUACUUUUACUUUACCAUCCAACCGAUAUAGACAUAUUAAGGCAAUAUGCCUCAGAGAAUGUCUUAAUCGGCUUGCAAAAGAGAGAGCAAAGUUGAGGCCUAUGGUUGAACAGAAAAAAUCAAAGGAAAGUGAGCAGAAAACACAGUCAAAGGAAAUUGACCUUAAAACUUGGUCAAAGGAAAAUGACCUGAAAGCACUGUCAGAGGAACAUGAACAGAAAAUACCAUCAAAGGAAAAUGAACAGAAAACACAGUCAAAAAUAAAUGAGCAGAAAAAACAAGAAAGCCCAGCUAUAACAGCCCCCAAGCUUGUUCCACGUUAUAAAUGCAAUCUUUGUCCAGCGGUUUUUUAUCAUGCUUCUGGAAAAUACAGACAUAUGAAAAAACAUGAGUUGUUUAAGCUCACUGGCAAAAUGUUCAGGUACAGGAAUUCCGUGUUCUCUAUGUCUAAACCAGCCACUUUAAGUAGUACAAAGACUGAAGAUAAUAAGGAUAACUUAAAAUCAACUGAAGCAAAUAGCAGUCUUGUGCUGAGCUGUCAGUUUUGUGGAAAAUAUUUCAGCACGUCACAGUCACUGAAGAAACAUGAGCGCAAUCACCGAGGUGAAAGACCAUACCGCUGUCUGGAAUGUGGAAAAGGAUUCAAGAAACAUGCCCAUCUGAUUGGUCAUAAAAUUGUUCACCAGAGGAGGAUACAGUGUACUGUUUGCAGAAAGAUUCUUCCAACAAUUGGAGAACUAAUCCAGCACAGAAGUUCACAUCUGAAAAGGGGAAAGCUUCAAUGCCCAGACUGUGAUCAACAAUUCCAGUAUCCUGUAUAUCUCCUUAGGCAUCUAGACAGCCACAAAAAUAGAGAAAACAAGGCAUCUGAGCUUGAAGAGAGUGCACCAUCAAAACCCCGGACGACCUUGGAAUCUGCAAAAGAGCAGAUUGGACCAAAGCAGCUACAGUGUUCCUUAUGCAAAGAGGUAUUUGAUGAUGCUCAAGUUCUAAGAAAACAUUGUCUUACACACAUAUCUGGGUCCUCGUCAAACCAAUGUCCAUUUUGCAAACAUAAUUUCACUAGUCGCCGCUAUUUGCUGCGUCACAUGAUCAAACAUACUGGAGACAAACCCUUCUCCUGCACAAACUGUGGAAAACAGUUUUACCGUAACUUGUACCUUAAACUUCACAGCGAGAGGUGUUUGCCUGCUCAAAUGAGGCAUUUUGUCAUAAUGGAGUCUAACACUAAGACAAAGAGACCAUAUCGGUGCUCCUACUGUCCACGGUCAUUUUGCAAGAAGAUCCGCCUGAAAAGUCAUAUCCGAGGACACAAGACAAACUCUCUUCUUCUAUGCUCAAGAUGUGGCCAAUACUUUGGUUUUAGAAAAUUAAAUCAACAUCAGAGGAACUGUAGGGGGACUACAGAGAUCAACACUGGAUCUUCAAAUGGUGAUUUCAGUAAAAGCCCCUCUCCAACAAACCAGAGUGUCUGUAAAAUGCCUUUACAGUCCAGUGCAACCAAGAUGCUUCCGUUUAAAUGCUCCUACUGUACACAGAGGUUCAGGUACAGAUCGUUACUCUUCAGACAUCUUGUUUCACAUACUGGCAUACAACCCUAUGCAUGCAUGCACUGUGGCCACAGAUAUGGAAGUCAGACAAUGUGUUUGCAGCAUGAAGCUUUCUGUGAUGGAGUUUACAAAGAGGGGCCAUCAAAAGUCAAAAAUGGUGCUGAAGCAAACUUGUUGAGCAAGCCAAAUCUUAGAGAGGCAACACAGAAGCAAGCAGAAGGUGACGCUGAGUACAAGUGCAAAUUCUGCACCAAGACUUUCUUGAAAUCGCGAAACCUGAGACGUCACAUUUUGACACACAACGAAGUGAAACCUUAUCGCUGCAAAGCUUGUGACAGCUGCUUUUCAAGGUAUGACCAUCUGAAAGUACAUCAGACUCGUUGUAAGGGGAAAAGACCACGACUGGAAGUCUGUAUUCCCAAAAUCAGUUUAGAUGAUGUUGGCAAAGGUUGGCAAAAUAGGUUUAGCAUUCAGCCUGCCGAAAAGCAGGAGACAUUUGAGUGCAAAGUCUGUUCAAGAAGCUUCUCAGCUCAGUCUAAGCUUUCCCGACACAUCACCAUGUUCCAUGCUGCAAAGUUGUUCAAGUGCACACGCUGUGGCUCGUCAUUCGCUCAUGAAAAAUCUCUCAAACACCAUCAGAGGGUGAACAAGUGCAGAAAGGUCUCCAGUGACACAAAUGCUUCUCUACCAUUGGGAACUAAUCCACCCACAGAAAAUGUGACAGAACAGCUUCAUGGGGUGAGAAGUCGAAUUCUGCAGAGGAUCAAGCCUUGUUUUAACAAAAAGUACAAAUAUGUAUGUAGUUAUUGUCCCCGUGCUUUUGGAAACAGCUGGCAAUUGGGGGUGCAUACCCGCCUGCACACAGGAGAGAAGCCAUAUGCCUGUGAGUAUUGUGGUCAGAGAUUUAUAAGGAAGGAUUAUGUGCAGCGUCAUUUCACAAAGUGCACAAAGAAGCAACAGCAAAGUAAAGUGCUCUGUGACCGAUGUGGCGGAUUUUUCUUCAAAGUCAAGCUUGAGGAACACAAAAAAAAUUGCACCUUAACUCCAAGUUUAUCAGAAUCAACAGUUUGCAAAAGCCAGCAGUCAACCUCGCAAAGCCCACCAAAAGGCUUUUCUUGUGCAUACUGUAGUUCUCGGUUUUUGCUUUUUUCACAGCUCCAAGAGCACUUUUUAAAUGCACACAAACUGGAAACAGUGGUUCCACCAGUGUCUACUGCACCCCUACAGCACCACCUGUCAAAUAUACUCAACAUCAAAGAAGAGCCUUUAGAUGAGAUUUGUGACGAACGUCUAAGUGAUGGUGCUAAUUUAAUCUGUAAAUUAGAUACAGCGCUAGAUGGUGAUGCACUCCAGCGAUUUUUCUGCUCAGAGUGCAACAUGUCCUUUGGAAGUAAAGCUGGACUAAUUGGGCAUAUGCGUGUACACUCAAUGGAGCGUCCUUUUAGCUGUAAAACAUGCAAAAAAGGCUUUUGGAAUAAAAGUCUUCACCGUAAUCACUACAGGAAAUGUAGGUUUGGACAUAUUUCGGAGAGAAGUAAAACAAAACAGUUGGAAGUCCCUUUGAAAGCAGAGAUUGAUUUUGCAUUUGAUGACUCUGUUCUAGUGUUCAAAGAAGGCUCCACAUCAACUGGCACUGGGGUUUUGCAGACCAACUUUUCCUGCAAGGAUGACUUAAUGGAAGAAUCCUCCAAAAAUUCAGAAGGAAACGAGGCGCAAAGCAGCUCAAGUACAGAGAAGAAAGCUGUGCAGUACCAAUGUUCAGAAUGUGAUAAGAGCUUCACAGAUGGCUUAUUGCUCAUUAGUCAUCUUGAAGACCAUGGAAGACAGGAACAAGAGAAAAAGCGCAAUACAUGCACUAAAUGUGGACGGGUAUGCACUAGUCAAAAAAAUCUUGAAAAACAUAUGAAGACACAUGGAUUUGACCAGAAAUACCAUUGCCCUGACUGCCCCAAGAUAUCCUACACCUUAUCUGAUCUUGAAAUCCACAGAACGUAUCAUGACCCAAAUAGACCUUAUGUUUGUAAACUAUGUCAUCAAAGGUUUUGGACAAGACCAUCCUUAUGUAAUCAUUACAGUGAAGACCAUCCAGAUGAUGCAUUUACUUGUCGUUUCUGUAACAAGGCCUAUUCAGUCAAAAAAUCCCUGACACGACACUACAGAAAGUGGCAUCAAAAAGAGCAGGAGAUUCUUGCUAGUACAGUACAGGAAAAUAGCAGCACUGAACAACAAUCCAGCAGUCAAAUUAGAACAAAUGGUGAAAGUGAUGAGGAUGAAAAUAACGGCAGUGAAGACAGUGACUCAGACUCUGCACCAUACUUCCCAUGCCAUGUGUGUGGCAAGACAUUCCCAACAUCGGAAAGUCUUGAGGAUCAUCAGCGGUGUCAUCUCGGUGAAAAACCACAUGAAUGUGAGGAAUGUGGUCGAUGCUUUUUCCAGGCAUCCCAGCUGCAGCAGCAUCAACGAAUGCACAAGUCUGAGUUUCAGUGUCAGGCAUGCGGCAGGGGUUUUGUGUCUGUCUUUGCACUGCGUAAACAUAAGCAUACUCAUGGCAAGAGCCGUCCAUACCGUUGCUCAAAGUGUCACUUCAGUUUCACAGGACCCUCACAGUUAGCAGAACACAUGACUACUCACCGUGAAGAGAACUUCCCUUGUGAUAUAUGCAAUCGUGUGUUUCUCUCCAAGAGUAGUAGAGCUGAGCAUCGGAAAAGCCAUUCCAAGUCAGGUGACCAUCCCCCACCUUCACUUUCUAUGACAGAGUAUAGAAAGUCUCCUUCACUCUCUGAAAGCUCAUCAUUAUUCAACUUAGAACUUAAAUAUCGCUGCGGUGUUUGUAAUGAACGCUUCAGAGACCCAGAGGAACUCUCAGAACAUGGUUGCAUGGCAACCAAAGAGCGACCAUACUCAUGUUCAGACUGUGAUAAACAUUUUCUGCAUGCAUCUCACCUGAAAAAGCACAGGACUACCCAUCAGCUGUCAUGGUCAAGUAGUGAAUAUCCAUGUAACCAGUGCAACAGUAGCUUUUCAUCCUCUCAGCACUUCCUCAGCCAUCUUAAGACCCAUGUUGAUACUGCAGGAGAAAUUCAACACAACCAUAAAGGUAAAGAUGGAAGACUUUCACACCAUUUUACAUGUCCAGUUUGCCAUCAGUGUUUUCCCAGUGCCACUGAACUGAUUGGUCAUUUUCCCACACAUUCUCACACAUUUGAAUGCAAAAUCUGCAGUAUGACACUUCCCUCUACAAGCAAGCUCGAACACGAGCGCCAUCAUCUGACAUCAGCUGCUGAAUAUGAAUGCACAGAGUGUUGCCAGAGCUUUUUGGGAAGUGAUGCUUUCCACCAGCACCACUGUUCCCAUCAACAGCAUGCAAUAACUGAGUCCAUAUACUCAAAUCCAUCUGCUAAGGCGCCCCCUCCAGGAGACGAGGAGGAGAUCGAUGUUACUGGGGAGGACUUGUACAAUUGCGCUCACUGCUCAAUGCAGUUCUCCUCCAAAAGUGGUCUGUUGGAGCACCAAAAUAAACACCUAAUUGAGAAGCCGUUCAAAUGUGAACUUUGUGGAAAAACGUUUGCAUUGCGGAGGUACCUUAAAGAACACGAGCGACGGCAUCGUUUAAAAUCGGCUGCUCAAAGCGCAGCUCAGUUGGCUGAAAUCAAGUUGAAAUGUAUCCAGUGCCACACCGAAUUCAAUACAGCACAAGAUCUGUCUUUGCAUAUGAGACUGCACGCUGAAAAAGAGGGUGGAAAGUACCGCUGUGAUAUGUGCUACAAGUCAUUCAGCCACUGGACUCUUCUUAAGCAGCACCAAGAAAGUCACGUUGGAGAAGUUGUAUAUGAAUGCACAGAAUGUGACAAAGCCUUUGCUUUUCCUCAUCUACUAGAAGAACAUCAAAAUACUCAUGCUGGUUCCUCUCAGUAAUGAUUGUUAGAUACCAUCUACUUUAUCUUCCCUUUUGAAUAACUGUAACUAAAGUAACUUGAAAUCCCUUUCAUGCCUUACAUCUGACUGUACCUCCACCUGCAAUUAUUUACAAAGCUCUUGACUCAUGUGACUAUGAUAAGAGUAUCUUCUCCUGAGUUUCUAUUGACAUUGUGUAUAUAUUUUUAGUUCUAAUAUUGGGAUUUGUAUACAGUAAAUUAGCAACAUAGUUUCUUGACAGUGUUUGUAAAUCUAUGACAAAGUCAUUUAAAGCUGUUUAAUAUUCUGUGAUGAAUACAGACAAAGCAUGAUGGGAUAAAAUGUUUAUAAAAUGUCUUGGAUAAAGUCAGAAAUUUCUGAUGUUUUACAUUUAUUUUAGAAUAGUUUUAGCGAGUUUUGUUGCCAAUAUGUAAAAUAGACUUCAAAGAAGUUGUUUUAAUCUACUGGUAUGUUGUAUAGUAUGAUUAUUCGUCUACUAUUGACAAUUUUGUAAUUUUCUGUUAAUUUUCCUGUGUUCAUCAUGGGUUUUUUUUUUAUAUUGAUAAGUAUCUUGUACAGACACUCAAAAGAUUAGUAAUUGAAUAUCAUUUUCACAACCCUAGGAUGUUACUUUUCUUAAUAAAUUUGAGUUGAUUCGUUCAAUUCAGAAGUAAAGUCAACUAGAAAAUCA